AUGAUAUCUGACGAGCAAUACGACCUUUGUCGUCCAAUAUUGGACGACGCUUCAAUAGAAGAAGAAGAUAAAACAGAACGCUUGGAGGAGCUGCUCAGCAAGGAGGCUGGACUGAGCGGACGUGCCCUGGAAAAUGCUGUUCUAGAUGCAUUGUGGAAACACCGAAAUGCUCAGCGCGGCGAAGUUUCAGAGACUCCCGCACGACACCAGGUCAUUCGAAAGUCAUCCCCGGCUCCAUGGCAGGCCAACAGAGCACCUACACCUCUAAGUUCUCUACCUCCCCUCUCGUCAAGUCCUGCCCUUUCAGCUGGCUUCCCGGUAUCGCGUCCCAGCUUCUCCCGUCAGAGGUCAAGCGCCCCGUCGCCUUUCGUCUCCCCCCGACCCUCGCCGCGUCUCGCAUUAGCACAGCCGAUACCCCAUAGCCCUAGCCUGAAUGCCUACGAAUUCUCCGAUGCUAGCCCUACACCGGACUUUUAUGGAGAUUAUGGCCAUGAGAAUGUGGACUGGCUGUUGUCCGACGACACAGCCAGCAACACGUCUUCGACGACUGCUCCUGGACAUCUGAGCGCUUCAGCGCCUGAGUGGGUCCCACAACCGGAUAUGAGUCCAUAUGACAUUCUGCGGUCAGUGUUGGGGGACCGGAAGACCGAUGAGGAGAUCGAGGAUGCUCUUAAUAAACACUCCUAUGACCUCGGUUCCACAAUCGCCGCUUUACUAGGAACGGAUGCCGCUGACACGCAGUUUACACCGGCAUCAAGCAAUGAAUCAAAGGUUGUCGUCGGCAAGUCAAUGACAAUGAAUCAGGCUCGCCCUUCCACACCGAGUACUUCGAAGAGUACGAUCGUCUGCAAAUACUGGCUGGCAUCUGGCUCAUGUCUACGGGCUGACUGCAGGUUUGCCCAUGACACAAGUGGUUAUCUUUGCAAGUACUGGAUGAAUGGGAACUGUCUGGCAGGAGAUGCGUGCCAAUUCUCUCACGACCCGGCUCUUCUGAUCAAUCAUCUUUCGGUUGGCGAAACCAAUGCUUCACAAAACUUCCAACUCCAAGAUCAGCAAGACCAGUUUCCGAGCCUGUCGAGCCAGAGUGCCAGGAGCGCCCUUCAAGCUGGUCUAGCAGCAGGUAAUGUUUUCGUGCCUAGUAGUCAGAAAGGCCGCGGUGGUGUGGGCAACCUCGCUCCUGGACCGCGAACAAAUUCCAGGCCCACCUCUCGACAUCAAAAUCGCCCCGAGUCAUCAUCGUCCCUGUCAAUGGACGAUCCCGAGGCGUUCCCGAGUCUAGGAGCUCUGACCGCCAAGCGAGGAGGGAAAUACCCUGGCUCUCGUUCAAGGUACGGAGCCGGCAGCGGGGAGACUCAGGGGCCCUCGUCGCUUGCAGACGUCGUGCGAAUGUCACCAUCUAUAAGUCCUACUCAACCACGGAGGGUGGACCCGACGCGGAGAAUCCGAACAUAUGCCAGUUCCGAGAGUGCGGCGGCUCGCAGAAUCCCGGAACCGCAGCACCUUCCAUGGCUAGAGACCGGUGCUCGUGCUAACCAGCAAUACAUGAAAUUCCGCCAGGAAGCCAUCAAGCAUGGAAGCAUACGCAACAAAUUCCUACAAAGUGCCGCUCAAGCCUGGAACCGCAACGAUGCGCGAGCAGCGAAGGCACUAUCUCUUCGUGGCCAGGCUGAGAACGAUGCAAUGAGGAAAGCUCAUCGAGAGGCAGCAAGGGCGCUGUAUGACGAACGGAACCAACACCUUUCGGCCCCUAUGGACGAGAACGAAGAGAUGUACAUCGACCUCCAUGGUCUCCACCCGGAGGAGGCCAUCGAGUAUCUGGAAAAUAUCCUCCUUGCGCAAUCUCGACGUGGAAGAAGAAUCGUAUACGCCAUCACCGGCACGGGUCACCAUAGCAAAAACGGCAAAGACAAGGUUGGCAAAGGUGUGCGCAACUGGCUGACCGAGUGGGGCUACACUUUCCGCGAGUUCAGUGUUCCCGGCGAGCGCGGUGGCUACAUCGGUGGUGUGCUAGGGAUUGAUAUCACGAGUCACAGACGGCAGCCCGUCUCUGCGGAGGAGAUUGGUUCGAGGGAGGAGGAAGAGCCGUCUCCCAAACCAACCGCAACAACUUCGGUAGGCAGCAAGAUCCAAGUGCUCAAACGCGCGGAGGUACCGGCGUAA